AUGUUCGAUGAAAUGCGUGGCCUGAUAAAUGCGUGGCCUGUCAUGCCUUCAAGCACACAAUACCCUCCUGGUAUGCCAUCUGCCACACCACAGACACCCUUCGUCAGCCCCAGCACUGCAACCUUCAACCACCAAACGAACGGAUUUCAGUCUGCAGCAAUCAACCAUGGGCCUGCCAUGUAUCCCCUCCAAAACUCCUCGUUGAUGAAUGCCACAUCUGCAGGUGUGGGGUUGCCAAUUCCCAUUGAGCCAUCCGCUGUGGUACCCGACAUUAGCCGCAAGCUUGGUGCAAAAGCUUGGAAGCAGGUUGUCCGUGACUGGGAGUUUCCCGAUCCAGGUCGGAAGCACUUCACAGUGCUGAAGAACUGGAAACACGAGUGGCACGCAUCGAGCCGCCAAAGCCAGCUAUGGGGCCAGCGUAGAACGAUCGCGCUGGAAUUCAUUCUUGAAUUUGGGCAAGAUGAAGACUUGUUCAAACAUGCCUACCCAGAACACGAGAGUGGGAUAACUGCUCUCCUACAGGCAAUUCGUGCCAAAGGGCAAGCAGAAGGGAAAAUCCUAACGCACAAACGUGGCAAGGUUGACUAG